AUGAUGGCCUUAGUACCAACGUCGACUGUGAAUAGUAAUGGGGAGAAUUCGAAUGCGGAAAAAGUGUGCGAUAUCCUUCAAGAAAUUCGUGAUGAAUUUCGUACACUUAAAACAUUUAUUGCGAAACAACCACAGAAUGAUAAUGGAAAUAUGAAUAAUUUAUCAGAAAUGUUGGCUCGAGCAGAACAUUCUGUAAAGGAGAGAACAGAUAAUGUAUUAAAUAUGCUCAAUGGAAAUACAGUCACAACGUUAAGUUUUAAUCAAAUACGUGGUGGACAUCGGCAUGUUCGAGAACCAUCGGCUUUCGAUCAAUUUACUCAAUACCAACCACAGCAGCGUGAUGCAGAAAAUGAAAAAAUGAAUAAUCAUUUUUUUUUAUCUAUUUUUAUUAGUCGUCAAAGACAUAACGAAGGCAUGCCUAUUAUAUCCAUCGGUGCUCAGCAACCUCGACUAGUAGCACCAGGGGCUGUUGCACGUCUUGAAUAUGAAGCUAAAAUAUUACGCAAUCCAUUUAAUAAACGUAAUCGUCAAGUAUUACACGAAAAUUAUGGCAUUCAAUUACCCAUCAUUGACAAACAGCAACCACAACGAUCACCAAUAUCAAGAAAUCUUAUGUUAGGAAAGACAGUUGAACCUACAGGUAUUUUACCACUGAAAAGUCGACGAAAUCCAAUUGACUAUCCAGUUCCAUUAACAUCCGAUGAUGCUAAACGAGGAAUAAUCAGUUUAGUCGAACGUGGCAUAAUUCCACAAGGUGCACAUAUUACAUUGGAACCACCACCCAUUCAACCGAAAAAAUCAAGUCUAAAUGAUCCAAUUUUACGCACACGAACGUAUCUCAAAGAAGAACCUAGUACAUCUAUCUAUCAUCUUGAUCCAUCAAGUAUGAACCAACUUGCUGUAAUUGAUGAACUACCACCAACCCCACCAUUAAUGGAUCAUGCAUCAAGUGGAACAUUGACUGAACCAAGUGAAAAAGAUUUAAAUUUUCUAUUCGCAAGUGGCAAAGCUCAUGAAUCAGCUAUGGGUGAAUCACGAAAAUCAUCUGCCAAUCAAGCACAUAAAAGUAAUUCAAUGCCAACAAAUAUGGGCGGUAUUGGUAGUCUUGUUGGUCGGCCAUUGCCAACACCAGCAUCAAAUUUUGAAUAUAAGAAAAAUUUUCGUUUAACUAUACAGAAUGGUAUAACAAAAGAUCAAACAGAAGAUUUCCUACAAUUCCGACAAUUCUAUUGUCUCAUUUGGGGAAAUAUUGUAACAGUAUUUCGAAUAUUAGAAAAACUUAUGUAUGACUAUGCUAUACCAGUUGCAUUUAUUAACGGAGAAAAAGUUACUGAUCUUGCACAAACAGUUGAAUUAGAACAAAAGCCAACGUUAGAAGAACUUCUUAGUACAGUUAUUAAUCGAGAGGAUGUUGAAGAAUUAAUUAAAAAACCGGGUCGUCGAUUUUUUGGAAGUGGUGGUAGAGAACGAGCAGCUAUUGCUAUUCAAUCAUUUUGGCGUUGCUUUCGUGAUCGUCGUGCUUAUAUACGUUUACGAAAACGUAAAUGGGCAGCCAGUGUUAUUGCAUUAACAUGGUUGACUCAUGUUAAAUUAGCUAAAGUACGAAAACAAUUGAAAAUAAUUCGUGAGCGUCAAAUCGAUUCUUUUAAAACAAAACAAAAUGACUUAAGACGAAAUUGGCUAUCAAUAUCAACGAAUCGUCGUGUCAUUGUUCAUAUACCAUCGUUAGGUUUAUCACAACGCAUAAGAAGAAAAAUAAAUAAUUUACCUGUUCGAGAAAAUUAUCAAAUAGGACGUUUAUGCGAUUUAGAUGAUCCAAAUGUUGAUAUUAUUUAUGUUUCACCAAUGACAAUUAAUGAUGAAAUUCUACAAUAUUAUAAUAAAUUAAUGAAUUUACGAUCAUCUGUAUCACAAAAUACUGAUGAAGCGUCAUCGGAAACGUCUGAAAAUGCUAGUGAUCGAUUUAUGAUUGUUGUACCAGAAGCAUUGAAUAGUUUUCCUAUGCAUAACAUGUGCUUAGCCACUUUACUAAAAUAUAGUCCAAGAGCUUUGAAAAGAAUUAAAAAUUUGAUUAAAGGUCGCGAAUCUUAUAUUGUUACGGGUGUUUCUCAUCCUGAUGAUCUCUAUAUAUCUGAGUAUCUUAAUAUUCCAAUGUUUGGUUGUGAACCUGAAGCAUCCUAUUUAUAUUCGACAAAAUCAGGUUCAAAACGAAUCUUUGAAGCAAGUAAAGUUCCAAUGCCAUUCGGUGAAUACGAUAUAUACAAUCAACAACAUUUAUUCGAGUCGUUAGCACAAUUAAUUGUUGAACAUCUUGAUGUUCAACGUUGGUUAUUUAAAAUAGAUGAUGAUUAUGAUGGUUUAGGUAUUGCGUAUUGUGAUGUUGUUACACAUCUUCCAUGUUAUAAAAAUGUUUUAAAAGAAGCAGCUAGAUUCGGCGAUAAAUGGUCAAAUCGAUGGGCACAAGAACAUUCAUAUGCAAAAAUUCUUUCAGAAUUACCCGAUAUUCUUGAACAACAUACAGUUUGUGUGAAUAAAACUCAAUUUAGUAAUUGGCAAGCGUAUUCAAAAGUAUUUUUAACUCAAGGCGGUAUCAUCGAAGCAUAUCCACCAUCGGAUUCUGUAACAUCAAUUACUAUUUGCCUUUCUAUUGAACCUGAUGGUCAUCAUACGGUAAUAUGUUGCGGUGAUCAUUUACAUGCUGAAUCACAAUUUUCUUGUUGGGGUCUAUCAUUUCCACAAUCGAGUGUUGAAGCACAAGAAUUGAAUACUUAUUGUGAACAAAUUGUGGAACAAUGUAAACAAAGAAAUAUAUACGGCCAUGUCGAUGUCGAUUUUGUCACAUUCAUUGAUGCUAAAACCGAUAAACAACAAGUAUGGACUAUUGAUCUUUCAAUUGGAUAUUCUGAACAUGUAUCGCUCUAUCGUAUUAUGCGUUUCGUUACAACUGGCGAUUUCGAUCCACAAACACAUUCAUUUACUGUUAAAGUUAAACAAGCAAAACAACGAGUCAGACAUUGGCAAACCGGUGCACCUGAAUAUAUUACCGUAGAAAAAAAUCGGUUUGCUGUUUGGAGUGCACGUUUACAUCAUUCGAAUUUAUCAGUGCUUCACUAUAGUGUCUUUUUUCAAAUGUGUCGUGCGCAUGGUGUUGGUUUUGAUGUUCGCGAUAAGCAGGGAACUGUUUUCGAAUUACUUGAAUGUCAACGUCAUGAAAAUAUUGGUAUGAUUACCAUUGGUGAUACAUUACAAAAUACGUUAUCAAAUUUUGCUUACAAUUUAAAUGCGAUUAAUCAAGAAAUUACAACCACAAGUAUGAAAGGACGAAGUAAUUUUAUGUUGGCCAUCAGUGACAUUGAGAAUAUACUGGGUAUUACACAAGAAAAUGCUUCAAGUGUCUCAGCAACUACUAAUACAUCUUAA